AUGUUUGUAGCUAAAUAUUUUGACUUUAUCAAAUAAUUUUUAUUGAGGUAAUAUUGAACAUGUCCAUUGUUAGUGAAAACUCGACAAUUGAACCCAAGCUGGAGAAAAAUGCCGAAGAAACGAAAAGAAAGAAGAAUGCUGAGGAACAUAAAUUAGAGACAGCUAUUAAGGAACCUAAAAUAGAGAAAGAUGCUCAGAAACCUAAAAUACAAGAAGAUGUUGAGGAAUCAAAAAAAUCAUCAAUGCAAAUUUUAUCUGAACUUUUUAGUACCUUCGACGCUGAGCCUCCAGUAAUUGUUAAAAAGGAAAAAAAAAUUAAAGGCGAGACUCACAAGAAAAUUAAGAAGAGCAAAAGGAAACACAAACACAAAGAUAAAGACAAGAAACACAAAAAGAAUAAAAAGAGGAAACGUUCAAAUAGUUUGUCAUCAAAUGAAACUGAAAUUGAUUUGGCUGAGAUACUGAUAAAACAAGAAAAAAAUGUAGCGGAGAAGAAAAUUAAAAUUGAGGGAACUUCAUUGACUGCUGAAAUCAAAGAAAUCAAGCAGGCAAUUGUACAAAAAGAGGGACAACACCAUAGAAGUAAAAAUAAGGGAGCAACUCCAACAAAACCUUAUAAAAAGGAUGAGAGGGAAUUAAUUGACAAGAAGCACAAAAAAAGCAAACAUAAAGAAAAGAAAUCAGACAAGAAGAGGCGAAGUAUUAGUAGACAUCGUAGCAGGAGCAGAGAAAAAAAAUCUCAAGAUUUACGUAAUAAAAUUAAAUAUAGCAAAUCUCCGGAAUCAAGUAGUAAACAUGUUUCUAAAGAACAGGUGCGCGACUGUGGUCAGAGGAGUCGCGAAAGAAAUAGAGAAACAUCAAGAGAACAUAGAACAUAUAGAAAUAAUUCAAAUGAUAACUUUUAUAAGAGCAGAUUCAGGGAUGAUUCAAAUUAUAGGAGUAGAUACAAAGAUAGUGAACAAUUAACAAGGGAUAAAUAUAGAAGAAACAGAGAUAAAAGUCGGUCCAGAGAAAGACAUAGGGAGAGUGAUUCUUCUUAUAUAGACAAAAAAAAGCUAUUGGAAAUUGCUCGUAGGAAUGCUAUUCUAAUGAUGAAAUCAGGCAAUCUCCCUGGAGCACUAGCAUUGGGUCCACAAGCUCAGGAAAAAGUCAUAGCAGCUAUUAAAUCUGGUGGCAAGACUAUAGAAGAAUUGACAGACUUUUGUAAGUCAUUGUCUAAAAAAGAAGAGUUAGGUGAACUGUCUAGUUUGUCAGGGAAUGGCAGUGACACUGAUGAGCUAUUCCAUCAUCCAUUUCAGAUUAAAGAUAGGCCAACUUCCAUUACAAUUAAUAUCAAGAAUUCAGUACCAUUACCCACAAAAACUACCCAAGAACGAACCACUGAACUGAGGAUGCAGUUUCCAGUAAGCAGUGGACAACAGCAUCGGGUUAAUGAGGAAUGGAUACCAGUCGCGCCAUCUUCCAUUCAAAAGUCUGUGGAAAAUGUUAAACCCAAAGUGGUGCUUCCCACAGAACCUAUUGCAAGCAGAAAAGGCGCAGAGGCGCCAGUUGCCACUGUUAAGCCUCUCCCACCUCUUUCUUCGCCAACUAUAGUACCAAUUGUGGAAAUACCCGCACCUCCAGUACCAGAGGCCACCCCUAUACAAAUAACAGAAUCAUCAGAUAUCGGGUCUAUUGUUUCCCAGAGAUUGACAGCUAUGAGAAAGUUGCAAGAAAACCCCAAUGAUGUCCAAGCUCUUUCUCAAAUGUACAAAUCUACUCAAGAAAUGAAAUCGUGGGCCGAAAGCAAACAGCAAUUUGGUCAGUUCACAGGCUCAACUGGAGCACAGAUAAUGUCCCAAACAGAGCUAGCUUCAGGAUACCAAGCCUGGGCCAAGAAGGACCAGUUGCAAACUGCAGCGCCAGUUUCUGGUGGUAUGGGUAUGCAUCUCCUACAGAAAAUGGGUUGGAAACCUGGUGAAGGAUUAGGCAAAGAAAAGACUGGUGCUCUGGAACCUCUAUUGUUGGAAGUGAAGUUGGACAAGCGAGGUUUAGUUGCCAAUGAGGAAGAGAGUAAACAAAGUGUUAAAAAAAAAAUCAAAGGACCAACUGUCAAGAAUCUACAAGGAAAACAUCCUGUCUCAUUGCUUGGCGAAUAUACGUCAAAGAAGAAAAUUGGCGCACCUCAGUACAUUUUGGAGUUUGAAUGUGGUCCUGAUCACAAGAAAAAUUUCCUGUUUAAAGUUAUAGUUAAUGGGGUAGAAUACAAACCCAAUGUAGCCAGCGCCAAUAAAAAAGAAGCUAAGGCUGUAGCAGCUACUAUAGCCCUACAACAGAUAGGACUUUUACCUUAAACUGUACAAUAAGAAAAAUAUAGUUUAUAGUUGA